AGAAUAGCGUGUUAGAUAAGUACACCCCCCCCAUUUCGCCAUAAUUAGUUGAACAGUCAUUCUUCUUGUUUUUGUUUCAUUUUGUAAACAUUGUGCUCAAUUUACCUUUACACAGGCAUAGAAUGUAAUACAUGUAGUACUUAAUUUCCGCCACAGGGUGGCGGUGAUCUAUUGGUGCACUCUGUCCCGUGAAAGCUACACAUUUUGUAGAGCAGUGUUGAAACAUGGCGGACAGAACGUGUCUUAACCAAAUGUGUACUUUGCCUGUGUAUGUUUACAGAACUCAUUAAAGGAACUACUCUUCAAGUCACGCUUGAGUUUAUUUUCAAGUGUGCAACAAAUUUGGUGGCAGCGGUGGGAUCAGCGGUGCUUCUGUGAGCUGAGAAGAGAGAGAUUGCAGUGGCCAAACACAAAAUGGAGCUGGAGAGUCUGCAAGAUCAACUGGCCGAGUCUUUGGUGCAGUUGCAUUGGGAACAGCUACAAGAGGUGUGUUUUCAAGCAAAAAUCUCUACGGAAAGGCAGACCAAAAAGCAUACGCUGAUCAGAUUAUUAAUUGAAGCAGCUGAGAAAGCUGUAGAAGAUGAAGAGGAGCAAGUAGCAUCUGCGUUUCUGAUCCGCUUAAUAAAAACUGCAAAGGAAUUGAUGCAAAUAAAUGAACAAUCACAGUUGAGUGACGAUAUUACUAGCAAUGUUGGAGCACUAGCUAGUCUGCAGCAACAAUAUGCCGCACUGCAACUGAGUUUUCAAGCCUCCACAAUGAAAAUGGAAGGAGACAUAAUGAGGUUGACGAAUAAAAUGACCAGUCAGGAACCAAGCAACCCUGUUUUACCACUAACAACCCCCUUUUCAGUUACCCCACCAACAGCUUCCUCUUCAGUUACCAAGCCAUCUGAAGUGACCAUUAGAAGGGAGUUCAAAAUAAGCGGUCAAAUUGGGGAAAGGGGCCAGAAAGACAAGCUUUCACACUCUAAUCUGACCCAUCAGAUUGAUAUGGGGUUGAGGAAAAAACACAGUGAGGAGGAAAUAGUUGAGGCAGUUGUAAGAGCCGUAAGUCCUGGCUUGAUCUUACGUGACAUGCUAGAAAUAAAAGCAAACCUCACCCUUUCUCAACUGCGCACCAUCUUAAAGGGACAUUACAAGGAGGACAGUUCCACAGAUCUUUAUCAUCGGCUCCUCAAUGUUACUCAAGAAAGUAAUGAGUCACCCCAGAAUUUCCUUUUUAGGGCAAUAGAACUAAAAGAGAGGCUCUUAGUUAAAUCCAGAGAACUCGGUUCAGAUGAACACUAUAGCCCGGAACUCAUUCAGAAAAAGUUCCUAAGAGCUUUGGGGACAGGACUCAUUAGUGACAAUAUAAAAUACCAGCUCAAAGCUUACCUGGAUGACCCAGCGGUCACUGACGAGGUGCUGAUUGUGAAAAUCAACGAAGCAGCUAUUCUUGAGUGGGAAAGACAACAAAAAUUUAAGAAAAACUGUAAAGAGCCCAGAGUGAGAGAAAUCCAUGCUGAAACACAGUCAGUCCCAGAGGCAACAGUUGGAGCAGUUGGUGGACAAGAACGGGCAUCCUCCACAUUCACAAAAGGUAAAGUGAAUCGAACACCACCGGCAAUGACUCACACAGAAUCUGAACUACUUGUUGUAAUAAAACAGCUGAGAGGAGAGGUGGAAGAAAUUAAAAAGGUCAUGUCUGAGUCCCCUAGAUCUUUUGCCCAGCAGCGAACAAGCAGGAAACGUGGCUGCAGAAAUUGCCAAGAGAACAAUAAAGGAGACAACUGCGACCAUUGCUUCAAAUGUGGACUGAGUGGACAUCUGUCACGUGGAUGUAGAAGUGGAAGGAGGCCUACUGAUAAACAAGGACAGUCCUUGUAG